UAAAUGAUGGUGUACACAGAGGAUUCAGAACGGAGAAAAGCAGUGUCUGAAUCAUAUUGUAUUUAGAAGUCUGAUGGCUAUUAUCAAAGCAUCAUGAGGCUAGCUUUCAGAUCAAGUGUUUUGGUGUUUUACGCGCGACGUGUCCAAUUUAUUAAUGCCCUUGAAGCAAGCGGUCUUUUUUUUCUUCCAAAAACGUAGUCACAGGUGGGAUCCACCCAAAAAGGAGAGCAAACCGCAACCAACCAUUCUCAGCUUUAACCAACACAAUAACCCUCACAGCAUACCUCACAAAUCAACUGAUGGAUCAAGCGGAACGAGACGAAAUCAUUCGACAGAAAUAUCUCGCACGAGGAGCCGGUGAUGCAGCAACGAAAGCGUAUAUUGCUGCGAAAUACCUCGGUGGCGAAGAAAUCGGGUACUAGUUCUGUAAAAAAGCUGCGUAAAGGCAACCUUGCAUUGGUCGAUGAGGACGAAUUAGGAUUUCGACGUGUCGUGGAUGAAUCGGAGAUGUCCCGAAAACGACGGGAGAAAGAAGAAGCGCGUAUGGCAGCAGCUGCGGAAGAGGCCGAGGGAGUGUUUCGAGGGCGAGGUGAUAACUGGCAGACGAUCCAAGAAGGAACACAGACAACAGCAAAAGCAGUAGAUGAGGACGAGGACGAGGAUGAAGAGAACCUUCCUGUUGUUGUAGGCGAACAAGGAGAAGAGUUCAAUAAAGGAGGAAGCCGAGGAGCCAGGGAAUUGCAAGAAGCGAUUGCUGUAUCUGAAGGAAGAGGAAGACCAAGAGGAGACACAGUGCCAAAGAUGUCGAGUGGACAGAAAGCAGGAUUAUUGACAAGUCAUGAAAUUCGAGCAGAAGCCGAACGGGCACGAGAAGCGGAGCGACAGAUGAUGAAUCGAUUGAAACAGGAGUCCCACGGAAAAGACGCGGAGACCAUCUAUCGCGAUGUCACCGGUCGCAAGGUAGACCCGAAAAUCAAACGAGCUGAGGAGGCGCGAGCAAAAAAGGAAGCCAUGGAGGCAGAAGCAAGAAAGAUGGAAUGGGGAAAGGGGCUCGUGCAACGGACUGAAGCCGAAGAAGAAAAGAGACGCUUGGCAGAGGAGUCGUCCAAACCAUUAGCAAGGUAUGCGGAUGAUGAAGAUUAUAAUCAGGGACUGCGAGAACAAGAGCGAUGGAAUGAUCCGGCUGCGGGGUUCUUGACGAAAAAGCCUAGUAAAGGCAAAGGCAAGGCAUUUACUCGACCGACUUAUCAAGGUGCAUGGAAACCGAAUCGAUUUAUGAUUCGGCCAGGAUACCGUUGGGAUGGCGUGGAUCGAUCGACCGGUUACGAAGAUCAGUUAUUACUGCAAAUCAAUCAAAAGAAAUCGCGAGCCGCCGAAGCGCAUGCAUGGUCCACUGAAGACAUGUAAUAAAGCUGGAAAUAUUGUUUUUUUUUGAGAUCCUUUGUGUGAAGAUCACAAGGUGUCGGGAUUCGCAUCAUUUUUGCCUGUUCUCCGCUGCUUGCCUGCGACCCGCUCCAACAGGUCCCCCGCGUUGAAAAGCGCUGAAGAAAAUGAUUUUGGGUUUAUCCCUUGAUCCCGUUUUUCCUCUUUUUGUAUCUUUCUCGUAUGCUAUUUUGUUUUUUAGGGUUAUUCAUUUCUCCUAUUUUAAAUUAUAUGAAGUUAAAGGGGAUAAGGCCAAGAGCCUCUUCCUGGAAAAAAAAAGAGGGCUUGUCAAUAGACUGUAAGUAAUGUAAAGACGAAGAUCGGCAACACAUCGAUAAGACAACAGUAUAAACUUUUCGGAGAACCCAAAACAAAAAAACUUGGGUCCCCUCCUCAUUUUUUCUUAUUCAUAUAUAAAAAGGGACCUCGGCCUUCCCUCAA